UCCAGCAGCCCCCUCACAUUAAGGAGGAAGAGGAGGAUCCACAGCCCACCCACAUGAAAGAGGAAGAUCCACACAUGAAAGAGGAAGAGGAGGAUCCACAGCCACCCCACAUGAAAGAGGAAGAGGAGGAUCCACAGCCACCCCACAUGAAAGAGGAAGAGGAGGAUCCCCACAUGAAAGAGAAAGAGGAGGGAGAGUGUGUUGUAGGGCAGGAGGAGGAUGAUGUCAGCAAGUUUCCACUGACUGUUGUCUCUGUGAAGACUGAAGAGCAUGAAGACAAAGCACGUGAGUCCUCACAGCUUCAUCACAGUCCAAACGUCCAGCGGGUGUCAGCGGGGAGUCAUGAAGAGGAGUGGCACACCAGUGUGGGACAGAAGGAGCUACAGGCCCCCUCCCACAUUAAAGAGGAGCAGCUUCAUGAUGAAGAUGAAGCUCAGUCCUUACAGCUUCAUCACAGUCAAAGUGAGGAGAACAGAGGGGCGGAGCUUGUAAGUCAACACAUCACAGAAGCUGAUGGAGAGCAUUGUGAAGAUAUAAAGUCAGAACCAGACAGCAUCUUUGCUCCACUGUCAGACAUGGACCACAUGAUGUCACACUCUUCUGAUCACAGUGACCACAUCCAAAAACCUUUGGAGAGUCAAAAUGACUCUAAAGGUGAUACGAGACAUCACACUAACAACAAACACUUUGACUGCUCUCAAUGUGGGAAAUCAUUUAGACACAAGAGUCGUUGUACAGUACACAUGAGAAUACAUACUGGAGAGAAACCUUUUUUUUGCUCUGUUUGUAAGAAGAGUUUCUCCAGAAAGCAACACAUGACCACACACAUGAGAACACACACUGGAGAGAAACCUUUUCCUUGCUCAGCUUGUGCUAAAAGGUUCAACACUAAGAAUGAGAUGACAAUACACAUGAGAACACACACAGGUGAGAAACCUUUUCCUUGCUCAGCUUGUGCUAAAAGAUUCAACUCUAAGAAUGAGAUGACAAUACACAUGAGAACACACACAGGUGAGAAACCUUUUAUUUGCUCUGUUUGUAAGAAGAGUUUCUUCAGAAAGGGAUGCAUGACCAGACACAUGAGAACACACACAGGUGAGAAACCUUUUACUUGCUCUGUUUGUAAGAAGAGUUUCUCCUGUAAGGACCGCAUGACCACACACAUGAGAACACACACUGGAAAUAAACCUUUUACUUGCUCUGUUUGUAAGAAGAGUUUCUCCAGAAAGGAAAAAAUGACCGAACACAUGAGAACACACACUGGAGAGAAACCGUUUAGUUGCACUGUGUGUGUUAAAAGGUUCAGGUUUAAGUAUCAGGCCAGUAGACACAAGUGUGUAACAGUCAUGGAAGCUGCAGGGAUUUAAUAACACUUAAACAGUGAUUGUGCUGAAUGUAGUUUAAAGGCCUACUGAAAGCCACUACUAGCAACCACGCAGUCUGAUAGUUUAUAUAUCAAUGAUGACAUCUUAACAUUGCAACACAUGCCAAUACGGCCGGGUUAACUUAUAAAGUGACAUUUUAAAUUUCCCGCCACACUUCCGGUUAAAAACGUUUUAUUAUGCUGACAUAUGCGUGUGAUGUCACGAGGGCAAGGGAAGUAUUCGGAGCCCGUAGAAAAAGCUCUGUUUUCAUUUCAUAAUUCCACAGUAUUCUGGACAUCUGUGUUGGUGAAUCUUUUGCAAUUUGUUUAAUGAACAAUGGAGGCUACAAAGAAGAACGUUGUAGGUGGGAUCGAUUGGUGUAUUAGCGGCUGGCUGUAGCAACACAACAAGGACUACUUACUUAGCAGACGCCUAGCCGAUGCUAGCCGCCAAACCCACAGAUGAAGUCCUUCGUCGCGCCGUCGAUCGCUGGAACGCAGGUGAGCACGGCUGUUGAUGAGCAGAUGAGGGCUGGCUGGCGUAGGUGGAGCGCUAAUGUUUUUAUCAUAGCUCUGUGAGGUCCGGUUGCUAAAUUAGCCUUAGCGUCGUUAGCAACAGCAUUGUUAAGCUUUACCAGGCUGAGAAUUAUUAACCGUGUAUUUACAUGUCCAUGGUUUAAUAGUAUUGUUGAUCUUCUGUCUAUCCUUCCAGUCAGGGAUUUAUUUAUUUUGUUUCUAUCUGCAUUUGAGACAGAUGCUAUCACGUUAGCUCAUGCUAAAGAGCUUCGUCGAUGAUGGGUGAAGUUCUUCGUCGCGCCGUCGAUCGCUGGAACGCAGGUGAGCACGGCUGUUGAUGAGCAGAUGAGGGCUGGCUGGCGUAGGUGGAGCGCUAAUGUUUUUAGCAGAGCUCUGUGAGGUCCGGUUGCUAAAUUAGCCUUAGCGUCAUUAGCAACAGCAUUGUUAAGCUUUACCAGGCUGAGAAUUUUUAACCGUGUAGUUACAUGUCCAUGGUUUAAUAGUAUUGUUGAUAUUCUGUCUAUCCUUCCAGUCAGGGGUUUAUUUCUUUUGUUUCUAUCUGCAUUUGAGAACGAUGCUAUCACGUUAGCUCAGUAGCUAAGUGUGUCACCGAUGUAUUGUCGUGGAGAUAAAAGUCACUGUGAAUGUCCAUUUUGCGUUCUCGACUCUCAUUUUCAAGAGGAUAUAGUAUCCCAGGUGGUUUGAAAUACAAAUCCGUGAUCCACAAUAGAAAAAGGAGAGAGUGUGGAAUCCAAUGAGCCAGCUUGUACCUAAGUUAUGAUCAGAGCGAAAAAAGAUAUGUCUUUCACUGCAUUCUAGUCCGUCACUCUAACGUUCCUCGUCCACGAAUCUUUCAUCCUUGCUCAAAUUAAUGGGGUAAUCGUCGCUUUGUCGCUCCGAAUCUCUUUCGCUCCAUUGUAAACAAAGGGGAAUUGUGAGGAAUACUAGCUCCUGUGACGUCACGCUACUUCCGGUACAGGCAAGGCUUUUUUUUUAUCAGCGAGCAAAAGUUGCGAACUUUAUCGUCGAUUUUCUCUACUAAAUCCUUUCAGCAAAAAUAUGGCAAUAUCGCGAAAUGAUCAAGUAUGACACAUAGAAUGGAUCUGCUAUUCCCGUUUAAAUAAUAAAACAAUAAUUUUAGUAGGCCUUUAAAAGCACAGCAUGUUUAAUAAGAAUGUAUAUUUGAUGUUGUAUGUAGUGCUUCUCAUCUUCUAGUCUUAUAUGUUGUCCUGUACUUACUGUUUAAGUUGUGUGCAUGUAUGGAACAUUAUAUAUGUAGCUACUAUUUCAGUCUAUUUUCUCAUCUUUAAAGAGAGGACAUCUUAUUAUUUUCAUUAGUUUUUUUCUACACAUUUUUCCAUUGCAUUUUAUUGAUGUUAUUAUCCAACUAAAAGUAUGAAUGAAUAAAAUGGUUACCAAAAUGUGGACUCUGGUAGAUUAGCAGCAUUGUUACAUCAUGGAUGUUAACUACUGCAAAACAUCAACAAAGAAGAAAAAUGCUGAAGUUAGCAACACA